AUGCCUAUUCCUGAGACUUACAAAGCGUUCAGACGCACCACUGGCGAUAUUCCCAGGACUAUCAGCCCAUCCACGGAAAAGCUGCCACAAGAGCUCGGACCUCACGAUGUCCUCCUCAAGAUCCAUGCCGUUUCCCUCAACUUCCGUGAUGUUGCCAUGAUUAAUGGGCGCUACCCGGUUGAGGUGAUUGAUCGUGGUGUUCCGUGUUCUGAUGCAGCUGCCGAGGUAGCCGCAAUCGGUAGUGCGGUGAAAGAUUUCGCCAUCAGUGACCACGUCUCUGUCAUUUUUGAUCUCGGUUGUCUAACUGAUAACGAUGACGCGCCGCCUCAAGCACUGGGCGGCGAUAUUGAUGGUGUCCUCCGUGAGUACGCCAUUUUCGAGGAUAAGUACAUUGUGAAAAUACCCAAGCACCUAUCAUGGGAAGAGGCAGCUACUGUUACGUGCGCUGGCGUAACGGCUUGGACCUCUUUGGAUGGCCUCAAAACAGAAAAACCAAGAAGUGCCCUUCUGCAAGGUACUGGAGGCGUCAGCUUGUUUGCUCUGCUUAUUUGCCUUGCUGCGGGCAUUCGACCCAUCAUUACAUCUUCGUCGGAAAAGAAGCUUGAAGAUAUUCGAAAGCUGGGCGCUGAUGUCCGUACCAUGAAUUACAAAACCAUCUCUGACCAAGCCUCAGAAGUCCAGCGCCUCACUGAGGGCAAGGGUGUGGACUUUGUUGUUAAUAAUACUGGGCCAGGGUCCAUUCCAGAGGACAUCAGCUUCUUACGACGACGAGGUGGUCUCGUCUCCCUCGUCGGAUUCCUGGCUGGUACAAAUGGCGACUGGGAUCCAAGUGCCAUCAUGGGAUUAAUGCAAAAGAGCGCAAGAAUCAAGGGCAUUGCUGUGGGCUCAAAGAGUGACUACGAGAGCCUGAAUCGAUUUCUGUCCGAUAAGAAUGUGUCCCUCACUCCGCUUGUUGACCGAGUCUUCUCAUUCGACGAGUCAGCGGCUGCGUUUGACUACCUGUACUCAGGAAGCCAUGUCGGUAAGGUCAUCAUCAAGGUGCAGGACUAG